AUGGGCCGGCACUGGCACGGGCUGAAAAAGCACGGCCAGAGAACGGUCCGGCCUGGACCUGUUCGUGCCUGGGCCGUGCCAGGCCCAGUGCCGUGCCUGGGCCGCGAUCGCGGCACGCGGUCCGAGCACGGGCACGGCCCGUUCAAGGCAGCGGCACGGGGCGGCACGGCGAUGGCCGGUCGCCGGUGUCUCGCCGCCUCCUCAAUCCCCAUCCCUAACUCUAAAUCAUUUCCUCUCUCUCCAAUUCUCCAUCGACCAGGACCCCUUCACGCGCCGCCGCUCCUACCUACCGCCCGCCGCCCGCGCGCCUGCCUUAUCUCCACGAGCAGCUGCUGCGCGCCCGCGUCCGCCGGCCGCCGCAGCCUCAGGUCGUCGUCGCCCCCGCCCCCUGGCCUGCGCAGAUCUACUCCGGCCGCCGCCGCCACCCUCGGCCCCCGCCGGCACAGGUCGUCCCUACCUCCCCGGCCGUCGCCGCCGCCAUCCGACAUCCCCUCCUCCAGUCCUCCCCUUGCUCUGCUCUGCGCCGGGCUGCCGGCCGCCUCCGCCGUGCUGCCGUGCCCCGGGGCACGGCACGCCGACGCCCUUGCCGGGUCGUGCCUGGGCCGGGAUGCCGGCACGGUGGCACUACGCGGCACGGCGGCGCCCGCCGUGCCGGGCCUCGCUGUGCUCGGGCCGUGCCGUGCCCGGGCAGCCCGUUUGGCCACCUAUAAGCAUGGCAGCUUCGCUGUUCGGGUCUGCACAGCCCCCAACACCUUUGGCGGAAGCUUCCCACGUUGA